AUGUCUUCCGUUAAAGACCUCAGAACUGCCAUGGAACAGACAACGAGACGGUUCUUGGGCGCCUACAAGGACUGCGGCGAAACAAAUGACCCAUCCAUCAUCAACCGCGACGUCACCGAAAACUGCAAACGUCACUUCCUUCCAGCCGGUGUCAUGGCGCUGGUAGGAGCUCCCGAAGUGGUUACGUUGAACAAUGAGGCCUACGAAGCGGCAGUGGCUCAAGACAUGGAAAAGAGCCUGGUCACGGGGACUCGAAUCGCAAACCUUGUUAUAGAUACCGAGGCCUGUAAAGCAGCAGCAACCACUGUAACCGAUGUUAAGUUUCACGAUGGAGAGGUGGUUGCGAUGGAGCAUUCAUGGGUCUUGGACUUCAAUGAGGAUGGCUCCAAAGUGACAGAUCAAAAAUACGAUGACAUCUUCGAAGUCCGUCUUGUCAACAAACGGUUCUGCGAGAUUGCAACACCCCUUCGAGUCCGCCAUUGGAGCGACUGUGGCUUAUUCAGCAUCCACGGUACACCCCCUUCACAUACCACGAUCAGUCGAUUGGCGUUGGAGCUUCUAAGACAGCCUGAACUUCGUUUGCAAGUCCGAAGCUUGAACUUUGACUGGAUUCGACGCGACGAGGGUAAAGAAACUCCUCGUCAUUUGAUACGACCAGAAAGCCUCGAAUUGUUGGCCAAGGCAGCCAAAGAGACCUUACCGGAUCUCGCCAGUUUUACAGAUUUGUGUGAAAAGAUUCGCCAGGGAUGGGACGAUGGCAUAGCUGUCCUGGUACUAGCUUGGACAACGAACUUGACUAGCCUUGGCUUGACAAUCCCAUCAUAUACCCAAAGCAAGGACGACGAUGACUACCGGCUACUUGUCUUGUAUUUUGCCAAACAACUUGCUUUGCGUGUUGACUCUUAUAAACCCAAGACAGCUUCGCCUUUGCCUUUGGAGAAGCUUGAUACGUUGGAUUUUCGACACUGGGAUGUAGACGGUGAAAUACACGUGAAACAUCUCUCGCCAUUUCUACACUUCCCAAAUUUGAAGAAUCUUAAUACAUCCUUCAUCGGCGAUAAUCAGGGGAGAGAUCUCAGCUAUAUCGUUGUGUCUACAGAUAACAAUUAUUCGAUGCCGUUUCCGGAACGAACUUCAUCACUAGAAUCGAUUUACAUGGAUGAGCCAAAGCUGUCGAACUCAGGAAUCAGGAGCCUGCUACAUGCUUGCAAAAACCUUAAAGCCUUUAGUAUGGACGCUUCUGAAAUAGGCACACGAAGCAGCACUAUGCUUGCAAGGUCUCUCGUCGAGCACUCUUCCACCCUUGAAGAAGUAAGACUCUUUAUACAAGACGGCGAGGACGACAGACAGUGGAUACCGGAUUCAGCAGAUGGCCACGAUUUGCCUGAAUGUUACAGGAAGCUCAAAAAACUAAAGCGUGUCGGUAUUCCCAUGCAGCACUUGUACCACAGGGAUGACGCAAAUACUCUCACAACAGCAAAAUUGAACCUUGGCCGACUUCCCGAGUCGCUCGAGCAUCUCGUAGUUUUCCACCAGGAACUACAUUUUGCGCGGGUUCAGAUGGAAUAUUUUUUAGAAGAAUUAUCGGGUGAAAUUCUGGAAACAUUUGAAUCUGAUCGUCACCAAGCACUUGUUGAUAUGCGAACGCUCCUUGAGGAGACUGGGCCAAGGGGGCGGUUGAAGAAUCUUAAGACUGUCGACUUUUCCGAUGCAUUAUUGGACGAUCCCAUGGUAGACGAGAUUAGAAAAGUAAAGGACUUGGCCAAGGAGCGAGGAGUUGAGUUUAUUCUUGGUAAGAUCAAGCGCUGA